AGCGUGUACAACGAAAACAACGUCCACUCGCGGAUCGGGCAGUCACACACGUGAACUCGAACAACAGCAGAAAAAGAAUAUACUCUCGAGAACAUUUUCUUCUUCUCUUUCCUUCUCAGUGUCAACGUAUCAGCAGGCAACAACAGAAAGCGGAGACCCAAGAACAAGAAAAGAAAUAGAGCGAACUCCACGAAGUCUCAACGAGAACACGCGCACACAUCAGCUUUGUUUGUUUGUUUGCUUCUUUUGGCGUCACCGUUCUUUCUUUCUGUUGAUGUUGUUUCGUUUCCCGAAGAGCACACGACGCACCUCGAGCCGCACGUAGAUCGACAUCGCUGUGGAUAGAAAGAGAGAGCCAGCACACGUUAUUAAACCAUGGCAAUCUUUCAUACGCAUAGACAAUCAUUCUAGACCGAACCUGCAAACGAGCAAACGGAUAUAUAUAUAUAUAUAUUUUCCUCCUUCUUUCUUUUUUUCUUUUGCCACACGCUGCCGCGUCAUGCAUGGGUAGCGCCUUCUGCAUGUCCACGCCCUGCACCACCGUCGCCACCGGCUCCCCGGUAAAGCUCAGCAGCUACGCCGGCGUGCCCCUUCAUGCGUUGGUGGCGUACGAACGGGCCGCGCUCGACCUCCCGCACGACGCGGAGGUACUGCGACGGAACGCAGCGCUGCACCUGCAGGCAGCCCUGCACACACCGUUAACAGAAACCAAAGACCAAGUACACCUUCCUUUCUUUUCCAGAGCAACUCGACGGGUUUCGUCAGACGAAGCGCUCACUCCUAACGCGCCAAGAGACAGCUACUACGUUGAUGGCGUGCCUGUGUGGCUACAAGAGGUGGCACAGCUCUGGAACGCGUCUAGCAGCGAGCAGAGACGCUGUCUUUGUCGCAGCAGUGGUGGUGCUGCGGCGGGUAGCGCGUCUUCAGCGGUGUUGCGCGCCGAGCAACAGGCAGCGUGGGUCAACGGAACCACCCAGCAGCUGCACGACUUUGUCUCGACUCACAAAUUUGUGACGGCGCUACAACACGCAAGGAAGCUACUAAAGAGGCGCCCACAGGGUGCACAUUCGCCGCCAUCUUCUUCUUUGGCAGGACAGCUGUCGUCGCAGCCUGUCUUUGCGGAGCUGUUGCGGUCCUACGAGGCUCUGGCUUGUGCGAUCAACGGGGGACCUGCGGCCUCCGCCAGCACCGCUGUCGGCACGUCCAUCACGGCCAGCAUGUGGUGUGUGCUGCUCUGUCGCUUCUUGCGGAGUCUUCCCGAGCCGCUGAUGCCCGCGUUGUGCAGUCGUCGACUGGAGCCGCUGCUGACCCAAACAGUUCCUCGUCCAAUCGCCGAGCCACAAGGCAAAGCCCCGACACUGCCAUCGUUGUCGUCUGCGGCUCAAAGGACGGCGCUGCGGGUGACGCUGGACUCCUUCGCAGCCAUCAGUGCUGUAGACUACGUCACGUUCUGCUUCGUAUUACACCUGAUGUAUCAGCACCGGACCGAGGUGACGGGCGGCGAGGUGGAGGCGGUGGCUGACGCGAUGGUGCGAGAGGCGGCAGUGCCGCACGUUGUGCGGGAAGUAGCUCACGCCUGCAAGCCGGAAGCGCGCAUGUUCUGGCCCACCGCACAGGUGAACAUCGAUGUCACCUCCGCCAAAGCGCAGCAGGAAGUGGAGUAUGUGCUGCCUACCACGACAACGGCAGUGCAAAGCAGUGGCGAGGAUGACAGCAAGAUGGGCUUGCGCAGUGGAAAAGCACUUCCGCGAACGGGUGCCGCAGCACCAACAGCGGUUCGAGUGCAGACCAGAUCGGAGGGGACGUCAGUCGGUCGUGGAGGCAUGGCCCUUCCAUCGAGUGAAGAGGAGUCAAGCAGCACGAGCGACGACAGCAGCGUCGCGAGCUCUACGUUCACCAACAACAACAACAAGAAGCAGCUGGAGACUCCUCUCGAAGCGGAGGAGAGCACACCGAAGCACUCAGGCGCCUUCGCGGCCCCCAACGGGGAAGUCCAGAAUGCGCUGAUCCAACAGCCUGUGGGAAACGAAAGGCCUCCGCCGACGAAAAGCAGUGCAGCUGGUGGGAUAAUGCAGUGGCACGACAGCUCCUCAUCGUCUUCAGAUAGCGAUGAAGUCGACGACGCUGACGGUGUCAGUGGAAAGGUUCUCAAAGCGACGAAGUCUACUGGGAACGCUGCAGCGGUCGACACGCGGACCUCUAGACGUUUACCCGCGGCAACCGCAGACACAGUACACGCAGCGAUGGCGGCAACAGCAGGCCCAAGCACGUCUACUGCACCUUCCAGCGUAGAUAAAGCUCACACUGCCCAGCACGGAACGGCCGCUUCCUCUUCUUUCUCAGAGAACAAUGCUCUGCUCCCCAAGUCCCAGCUGCCUCGCUCCGUCAACACCACCACUAUUACCUCUACUGCCGUGUUCGCUGACACCCCUUCCAUGGUCGGUGUCUCGCCUGUUCGCAAGAACGAAUUCUCACUGUUGUCCCGCAAUGAGCGCGAUGGUACCAUCACGGCGGAGGAGGAGGGAGGAGAAGGAAGGGACGUCAGAGACACAAGCAUUCCCUCCGCCCUCUUCUCCCGACACGACCACAGCAACACAGAGAGGGUGAUGCGCGAGGACGAGGACGGGAUGCCGCCCAGCGCGCUCGUCAACCAACCCGAGCCCAUGCCACUGCGCGCGAGUCGCAACAGCUCCGCCUUGCAUCCGUCUGCGCUGGAGGACCCGCUGGCUGAGGAGGGCGCGGCGGAGGCGCUGCGCCGUGCGCUGCAGAUGUUCCGCGAGGUGCCCCCUGCUGCCGCACCGACGGGUGUCAACGCCUCUUCUCGCUCGCCCGCCCCGGUAGGUCCGAGUCGCGAGCGCGAUGAGACGGGUGCAGGUCAGCCCUCCGAUGUACGCAGCGCGCCUCGCCCACCCGGGAUGCUUCCGUCGUCGCCGUGCACGGCCGGUUUGCUCACGCCGCGUGAUUUGCUGCAUCACCAGCAACAGCAAGAAGAGCAACGAGACGCGCAGCAGCAACGACCGCCUCUGUCGAGCACGACGUCUGCUGCGUUGCCGCCGACCGGGACAGCGCGUUCGGCCACAGCGUCCAGUACGCCCGCAGCUGCUUUGACCGCACUGACAGCACGGCCGCUGCUGGCGGCACUGCUCGACGCAAAGCAGAGAUUUCUGGCCGCGCCGGUGUGCCCGCCGUUUGUCUUGUGCAACCACCAGCACGGAUGCAGCACCGUGGCAGUGCCUCCGUUUGCGAAAGAGGAAGGGGACGAAGCCUUCUCAGUGUUGACCGGGCAGUCCGGCGUUCCAACGGGCCCUCCAGCUCGUGAUGGGUCGCACAGCGUUGCAGCUUCAGCGAUAAACAACAUCAGCCAUUUGGCCGAACUGCCGCCGCGCACCGAUCUUCUUCCCCAGCGUGGUCAAGUCAUGGAAGCAGCAACGGAAGUCACGGCGUACAAAUGGACUUCCGCACGCACAAGCGGUGCUGGUGCUCCUUCUGACCUGCCUCCUUCAAACACCUCCAUCCCUCCUGAAGCACAACGGACGCUGCCCGUCGGCGUCGUCGUCAACAGCAACAGCAGCGCCGGCGGUGAUCAGCGUGCGUCGGUGCGGUCGCCCUAUGAAGUGCACCGUCUUUCCACCUCCUCCACCGUCGCCUCUGCCUCUGCCUCCCUCCUGCGCCUCGAGCACACGACGGAGUUUCGCAAAGGCAGCGGGCGGAGCACCGUAUUAACCGAAGGGAAUGGGAAGGCGAGGGAAGGCAACUUCGAUGCGACGCGCACAUCGCUGCUCACAUGCUCUCCCGAUGCAGAUGCGUUAACCAGGAACAGGGAGGACGUCGACGCAGACGCACAGGGAGGCUUAAUGCGCAGGCGCCUCUCCGGGUCGUCGCUGGUCACCCCGGACGAUACCGCCCUCACCACCACCGUCAACGCCGCGACGUCGCUCACUUCGAUGGAGCGACAGCUGCGGGGGCUGCGGGAUGUCGUGCGUGCGCUGGAAAGCAACCAACUUGUGCAAGCGCGGCAGGCAGCGGCGCAGACGUCCGAGCUGACGGCGCGCUGUGCGGAGUUGCAGUGUCAGCAACGCGAGCAGGAACAACAGCUUCGUCAUGCGCAGUCCCGAUUGACGGCGGUGCGGCAUGAGCUGGAGGACCUGAAGGAUGAUAAAGCGAGACUGCAGAUGCAGCUGACGGCGGCGCGGCAAGAAGGCGCCCAGCUGCGUGACGCCCUGUUGACGGGCCCAAGUCGCAUAUGA